AUGGACAGAUUCCUGGAGAAGAGGGCUCUGGGGAGCCCUGAGGGAAAGAGGGAGCAGGAGCAGGCAGGAACAGGCCCAGCCGAGUUGGGAGAAGACGAGGAAAGCACCGGGAAAAGGCCCAGGACAGAAAGACCCAGGAAUGGCGCUGGCUUGGGGGGCCUCAGCUGGCGACGCAUUCGGUCCGAGGGCCUGGACUGCGAUUACACAGUCCUGUUUGGCAAAGCCGAGGCGGACGAGAUUUUCCGAGAGUUGGAGCGAGAAGUGGAGUAUUUUACAGGUGCGCUGGCCAAGGUGCAGGUGUUUGGCAAAUGGCACAGCGUGCCCAGGAAACAGGCGACGUACGGUGACGCUGGGCUGACCUACACGUUUUCCGGCCUCACUCUGUCCCCCAAACCCUGGGUCCCCGUGCUGGAGCGGGUCCGGGACCGCGUCUCUUCGGUGACUGGGCAGACCUUCAACUUCGUGCUCGUUAACAGGUACAAGGACGGCCGCGACCACAUCGGGGAACACCGAGAUGACGAACGAGAGCUGGCUCCUGGGAGCCCCAUCGCCUCCGUCUCCUUUGGGGCCUGCAGAGACUUCCUCUUCCGCCACAAAGACGCUCUCGGGAGGAGCCGCUCCCGGAGGCUGGAGGCGAUCAGGCUGCCGCUGGCCCACGGGAGUUUACUGAUGAUGAACCACCCGACCAACGCUCACUGGUAUCACAGUCUCCCCGUCCGCAAGAAGGUUCUGGCUCCGCGCGUCAAUCUGACCUUUCGCAAAAUCCUGCCUACUAGGAAGUGA